AUGGCGGACGUUCAACCCGCUACCCAUCAAGGCGGUUCUGACAGGGGAGGCAGGGGAGGCAGAGGCAGAGGCAGAGGCAGAGGACGUGGAGGCAGGCCACGGAGAGGUCAUCAUGGUUCCGAGCGACCAAACACCGGUGGCGAUGCCAGUCAACCAGUGCAAUCCGCCGAAUCCUCAAGGAACCUCUUAGAAACGGCGAAUGUAAACGUACCCCCACCAUCGGUGCUUACGCCGGAUGCGCCCUCAGGACAUUCAAGGGAAGAAGGAGAAGGACGAAGGAGGCGAGGAGGUGGAGGAGGUGGACCUCGGCGCGGGAGAGGAGUCUCAUCUGCUCAACGAUCGAUCGUGGUAUCCCAUCGAGGACGGGCACCACCUCCAGGGACAGCGGCGGCUCCGUCCACUGCUGAAGAGCACGACACUGCAUCAGGCGCCGGAUUAAGCGCGGAUGCUCCCGCUUUUGUCCCCGGCCAACCACUUGCAGUCCCAACCCAACAACCUAGAGCUGCCGCUGCGAAACGUCAAAAGGAGCAUCGUCCUGCGCCAUCCAAUACCUCCAAGUCUUCGGCGCCUGACUUGACCACCCGAAUCCACGAGGAUAUUGCUUCAGGACUUUACGAAUGCGUAAUAUGCACCAACGAGCUAACGCGCAAUACUCGAAUCUGGUCAUGCUCCGUCUGCUGGACUGUCACUCACCUUUCGCAUGAGUGCGGCGAGCGUUGUUGUCCGGGCGAGAAGAAGGCCGCAGAACGACGCAAGAAGAAGAAUCGGGGUCCGAAUGAGAAUUAUGAAGCGGAACACAUCUGUCUUCAGUGUCCAUCAUUGAUGGACAAGCUUUGCAUCUGUGGAAAGGAGAUCAUGAAGAAUCGGCCGUGCUGGAACAACGAAGUUCACUGUGGACUGCCUUGUGGAAAGAAGCUUAAGUGCGGAUCACAUGUGGGCAAGAAGACAUGCCACAAGCCAGGCGAUUGCGAAGAUGCCGGUAUCCCUGGCUCCCACUGCACCCAGGCUUGCGGCAAAGUACGCAAGUCUUGCGAACAUACUUGCGCAGAGCAGUGCCACGCUCCGUAUCCUUGCAAGGAGGACAAGCCUUGCCAGUCCAAGACCUUCAUCACCUGUCCAUGCCAGAAUCGCAAGCAGGAAGUCCGUUGCAUGGCCACGAUGCUGAGCCCGUCGUCGGCGCGGGAGUCUUCGCUGAAAUGUGACGACGAAUGUCUCCGACUGCAGCGGAACCGCAAGCUAGCCAAUGCCCUCAAGAUCGACGACACCCACACGGACGACCACAUCCCUUACUCCGACAAGACCCUCAAGAUGUUCAAGGAGAACGUCAACUGGUCCCAAACUCAGGAGCGGGAGUUCCGCGUCUUCGCCUCCUCGCCCGACGAGAAGCGUCUCAGAUUUAAGCCCAUGCCCUCCUCCCAACGCGCCUUCCUGCACAGUCUAGCCGAGGACUUCGGCCUCGACUCCGAGAGUCAAGACCCCGAGCCUCACCGGCACGUCUGCAUCUUCAAGACCCCGCGGUUCGUCGCUGCGCCCUCCAAGACACUUGCGCAGUGCGCCCGUAUUGCCAAGGCCACCGCCAGUCUCCUCAAGCCCGCAGCAGCUGCCCCGGUCGUCGCUCCCCCCAAGCAGGAAGCCUUCAACGCACUGCUCCUCAAGGAGCCCCGGUUCGGCCUCACCAUCGAGGAAUUAGACCAGGCCCUUGCCGCCGAUAUCAAGAGCGUGGCCAAAUCCGGCUUGACAGCCGUCGGUUUCACCACCAACUUCCUCCCCACGGAGGAAAUCCUGAUCAAAGCCGUGCCUGCUUCUACAGCAGCGGCCAUCGCCAACUCCCCCAUCGCGCCAACACCGCAAGCCAUCGAGUCCGCUCUCAUGACGCUCAAGUCCGCCGUGACUAAAACAGUGUCUCUUUCCAAGUUGGCCACCGGCGGUGUGGUGCUCUGCCACGCUGAUGACUCGUUGAACGUGGUCCGGAGAGAAGCCGAGAGUGGAAGAGGAGGCGUGGGUGGCUGGAAUGCGGUUGCCAGUCGCGGGUCUUGGGGACGGCUUGGAGGUGGUUCCAAGACGUCGACAGCCGAGCCCGAGAAGGCGGCAGCUCCGUUGACGAGGUCAUUUGUUACGCUCAGGAAGAUUAUGGAGAAGAAGCCUGUGGUGGAGGUGAAGAAGAGGCCGGAAGUUGUGGAGGAGGAUUGGGAGGCUGCUGCAGAGAAGGAGGAGGAACAGGAACAGGAGAAGGAGAAGAGCGGUACAUCGGGAUCUGAUUCUGAAGGGGAAGCGGAAGGACAGUCCAAGAUUGUCAGUGUAGAUGGUGAUGUCCAGGAAGGGAAUGGGGUGACAUCGGAUACAGAACGGAGUGUUGACACUGCUGCGCAUGAAGAAAAGGAACCCGACCAGUCGUUGGUGGAUGGAAGAAGUUCGUCUGCCUCCGGAGAACAGGUGGAGAUCGAAACUGAAAUGGUGGCGGCUACGAUGAAUGCUUAGAAGUUAUACACUGGAGCCACCUGCUUGUAUUGUGUAGGAUUAUAUGAAUUAUUUAGUGAAGGAUGAUUUAGCG